AGGAGUCGUGUGUGAGGAGUCGGUUGAUUCAGUGGGAGCAGUAGCAGUGAUGGCGGCGCGCACGCUGGAAACGUGUUUAGAGGUUUUGGAGAGGAGCGCGGCUCUGCCCGAGCGCUUCUUACGGCUGCAGGAUGCUCUGGCCUCAGACUUCACCGCCCUCACUAAGACCCUGUACGACCUGCACAAAUCCCAGCCGCAGGCCGGCAGCACCGGCAGCCCACUGGACCAGCUGGUGGUGGAGAACUUCGAUGAGGAGCAGAUCUGGCAGGAGCUGGAGCUUCAGAACAGCACCGUGAUCCAGCACUUCGAGGAGGCCGUGGGUCAGGCCGUCGCCGACGACACACUAACCAUCAUCACAGAGGAAGAGGAGGAUGAGGAAGAUGAAGGAGAUGGAGAGAAUGGUGAUGAUGAGGAGCUGGAAGAUGAUGAGGAAGAUGAUGAUGAGGAGGACAACAACAAAGAAAACAGACUAAAGCCUAAAUCAAAAGCAGCAGCAGCAGCUGAUGAUGAAGAUGAGGAUGAGGAGGAAGAUGGAUUUUCUGAUGAGGACUCUGAUAUCGAUUUUGAUGUGGAUAAAUUAGAGAAACAGAGCAAACAGAAGAAGAACAGCACAGCGAAGUUCCCUCCCUCCAGGACUGUGUCGGAGGUGGAUGAUCAGUUCUUUAAGCUGGCGGAGAUGGAGGCGUUUCUGGAUGAUAUGGAUAAGAGGGAGGGGAAGGAAGGUGUGGGGGAGGAAAUCGAUUAUUUUCAGGAGUUGCCCUCAGACGAGGAUGAAGAACUGGGCUUUGAUGAGCCAACAACGUCAAAAAGUCGGAAAAAGUCAAAAAGCUCCAGAAAUGUAAAAUAUAAAGAAUACUUUAAUGAUGAAGAGACACCUGAACACCAGCCUGAUGAGGAAGAUGAAUCUGCACCUGAGGAGGAGGAAGAUGAUGGUGGAGAGGAGGAAGAAGAAUUAGGAGAUGAGGAUGAGGAGGAUGAAGACCUGGAUGAAGAGGAUUUAGAUAUGGAGGCUGAUCCGGAGAGUCAGAAAGCGAGGGAUGCUCUGAGGAAGGUGUCCUUUGAUCUCCCGAGUGAGAGUGAAGGGGAGGAUGUGGAGGAUAUUCUGGGAGGAAAGAAGAAAAAUGCAGCACAAUCAGAAUCCAAAUCUACUUAUGAGAAAAGACAAGAAAAGAUGGCGGAGAAGAUCGGGGAGCUGGAGAAAGCAGCGUUAGCUGAGAAACCCUGGCAGCUGACCGGGGAAGUGACGGCACAGACCCGACCUGAGAACAGCAUGCUGGAGGAGGAUCUGGAGUUCGACCAAAACUCCAGGAUGGCUCCAGCAGUCACAGAGGAGACCACCCUGCAGCUGGAGGACAUCAUCAAACAGAGGAUCAAAGAUCAGGCGUGGGAUGACGUGGUGAGGAAGGAGAAGCCGAAGGAGGAGGCGUUUCAGUAUAAGAAGAGACUGACGCUGGACCACGAGAAGAGUAAACUCAGCCUGGCUGAAGUCUACGAGCAGGAGUUCCUCAAACAGACCGAGAAAAAGACAGAAGAGGAGGAGAAUCCAGCUCAUGUAGAAAUCCAGAAGCUCAUGGACUCUCUCUUCCUGAAGCUGGACGCUCUCUCCAACUUCCACUUCACACCAAAACCGCACAUUCCUGAAGUGAAGGUCGUCUCCAACCUGCCAUCCAUCACGAUGGAGGAGGUGGCUCCAGUCAGUGCCAGCAGUGCCACUCUAUUGGCUCCUGAAGAAGUUAAGGAGAAGAACAAGGCUGGGGAUCUUCUGGGCGACUCUGAGAAAACGGCUACAGAUAAGAAGCGCGAGAGGCGUAAGAAGAAGCAGCUGAAGAGGCUGAAGAUUCAGGAGAGGGAGAAGAGGAUGAAGCUGAAGGAAGCAGCAGCAGAGGGAGGAGUGAAGACCAAGAAGUCGAAGGCUGAAGUUCAGGAGACUCUCAGGAAACUCACUAAAGGAGGGAAAGCCAAACUGCUCACGAAUGACGGUAUGGAUAAAGCUCUGCGCUCCUCUCAGGCCUUCUUCUCACAGCUCCAGGAUCAGGUCAAGACUCAGAUCAAGGGCUCCAAGGUCCAGCCCAAGAAGAAGAAGCAGAAGGAGAUUUCUGCCAGCAAGCUAAAGUUAUAGCUGUAGUUCUGAGAUUGUCAGUGUGUACAGUUUUCUUUAAUGAUGACAGUUAAUUCAGUCUGUGUUUUCACAUGAUCUUGUCAUUUAUAUUAAAAUUGUCAUAUUUAAAAGAAA